AUGUCGUCUAGGGCCCUGCGAAAACUACAGAAACAGAAAGAAGUUCAACAAAAUUUAGAUGAGCUUCAAGAUGAGUCUGAUGAUAGCGAACCGGCUGUCCCGAUAUCAAGGCCGAAAAUAAAUGCUUUUGAUUUACUAGGUGACCAGGACGAGGAAAACGGGGAUGAGUCCGACGUGGAAGCUUCUGCUGCCGAAGAGAGCCAGCGGCCAGCCUCGCCAGUGGAAGUUUCAAAACCCACUACCAGCAAAAGGAAAAAGAAGAAGAGCAAGAAGCGAGCAAAGAAAGGCGCGGAUCUGGCUGAGACAAAGACGCCUGACUCUGAGGCUCCUGAGGCUGAUGAGAUAGACCUGGCUCUUGAAGCUUUAGCUCUUAAACAUCCCUUGCAGUCUGAGGACCAGAAGGUCAAACCAGGAGCGGACCUACAUGACUCUAUCGAACAGGAUUUAUGCACUCUCUUAGAGAUAGACCCUAAGAAACUUGUCGCCAUGAAUGAAAUGAAAAGACUCUUUGGAAACGCCGCUGUGGAAACCCGAGCUUCCCCAUCUGAAAGCCCGUCCGGGAACAGGAGACGAGACCGGAACAGACGUGCCCUAGACCUGGGAGCUGCUCUGACUGGCCGAUAUAGCCCUGCAAGCCGAGGACAGGACCUUUCUGGAGUAGCGCUACGUAAAAACGUGCUUAUGCAAGGAAAGGUGGAGUGGCCAAAGGCGACAAGUGGUGGGUUAGGGAUGGAGAUUGUCCAGAAAUUUCCUGCUGGUGUGGUUGAAUAUGAAAUAGUUCAUAACACAGCUUAUAAGGAUGUGCAGCGACAGUUUGACAUGUGUGUUGAGUCUAUGCAGCCAGAGAGAAUGAUUGAGCUGCUUCAAUAUAAUCCCUAUCAUAUAUCAACACUAUUACAGGUUUCUGAGAUUGCAAAACAUCAGGGAGACCACGCUGUAUCAGCCGACCUUUUAGAAAGAGCGUUAUUCAACAUUGGCCGUUCUGCCCAAUCGUCCUUUGGGAAUAGCUUGAAGGAAGGAAAAGCCAGGCUAGACUUCACUAUAAAGGAAAACCCGCGUGCCAAGGAUAUAUGGAAUACACCUGAGGCAACCGCUCUGUUGGUUGAGGUUGCAGAUUCUAUCCCAGCACCGGAGACACCCCCAAAGGCACCGGAGAUAUCGCAGAAUGUGGCACGGCACGUUAUACUAUCAGAUAUAUCAGCAGUGACGUCUCAUCUUCCCCGUCACUUCACAAUUAGACAGAUGUCUUCCUCGGAUCCUCUACCGCCAAACGAGGCUGGCUUCUCCAAUGUUCGCAGUGCAUCCAUGCUAGACGAAGUACUCCAGCUAUUUGGUGCGCACGAACAAGCCCGUGGCCCAACUGGCGAUCAGCACCAAGGACACAUUGCUGAAGAUGAUGAUACGGAUUCGGCCGAGGAAUUAGACAUGGCUGGUGUUUAUCUGCCCGAGUCGCAAGUAGCAGAGUGGCUCUACGGCGAAGGAGCCGAUGAACUCAUGGAGUUCUUCGGUGUAAAUGGCGUGGAUCCAGGAAACUGGGAGGACGAGGUAGACAUGACGCCCAUUCAGCGCUGGGUAACAAGGGUACAACGUUUGGGCAGACGAGAUUGGCGUCAAGCCAUUACCAAUGUAGCCGCGGGACAGGGUUCAUCUGCCGAAAUGGUAGAGAUGGUCCCUCAAUUGAUCGAAAACUACAAGAAUGGAAACGCCCAAGCCAUAUCCUUCGCUUUUAUCCUCGUUUGGUUUAUUGGGGACAUCGCCAACCUGAUAGGAUCACUAUGGGCUGGACUGGUUCCCGUGGUUGUCGCUAUAGCCAUAUGGUUCUGCAUUGCAGACGGAGUUCUCAUAUGUCAGUGCAUAUACUACAAUGAGAAAGCCUCACAACAGACAGCAAGACGUAUUUCGGGUCAUUCUGACCACGAUGAGGGAGAUAUGGCUCCUCAGCCGACAACACCCCUGCUGAAUCGACGGAUGAGCGAGAAUCUAGGAAUAUCUGGCCGAAGAAGGCUGGACAGCUGCCACUCCAACCACGACCCUUUGGUAAAGAUGUUGGAGGAGGAUGAGCCAAGAAGCACAUGGGCUAAGAAUACGCUGAGUCUCUUGGGUAUUUGUACCGCUGGUAUUGCUGGUUGGGUGAUGGCCUGGAAAACAGGAGUGUGGAAGCCAACUCCAACCAUCCUCCCUGGCAACCCUGUUGAGGUGGCCGUUGGAGCUCAAGUCGUCGGAUAUUUCAGCGCAUUAUGCUAUCUAGGUGCGCGGAUUCCGCAGAUCAUCAAAAAUUAUCGUGAGAAGUCAUGCGAAGGGCUAUCACUUUUAUUCUUCGUAUUUUCCUUACUUGGCAACGCUACUUACGGCGCAGGGAUUCUAUUCCACUCGACAGAAAGGGAGUAUUUUCUGAAAAGCCUGCCCUGGCUUAUCGGAUCACUAGGUACCAUGGCCGAAGAUGUGUUGAUAUUUGUGCAGUUCCGAAUAUACGCAGUGCCAGAAGAGUCAUCUUCGUCGGCAAUAGUUUAG